AAAAGCUAUCAAAAGUCAGCAUAUAUUUUUUAUAAACAUACACACAUAUGAAAUAUUUACAAAUAGUAUAUCUAAAAAAAAAACAAUGAAAUGCUCAAAACUCAAAUAUCAGUUAUGGAAUUGCAAGUGUCGGUCAUGUGGCAAGCGUUUUAUAUUGUACUGCUGUGUAUUAGUCGCAGGCGCUUUGUUGUUGGUGCGUAUUUUUCUACAUCUUUAUAUUUGGUAUCAGCUGCCAAAACGUGACAAAAUAGACAUUUCUGAACCACGCCUGCUGCUUUGGUGGACCGAUUACAAUGAAAAAGUGUAUUAUCGCAACAUCUAUUGCGGUUAUUUCGUGUGUACGAUAACCAAUGAUCGGCAGCGACUUGCCGAGGCGAAGGUCAUCUUCUUCUAUGGCAGUUACAUAAACGCCCACGAUAUGCCGCUGCCGCGCCACGCCUAUCAAUUGUGGGCUUUACUGCAGGAUGAGACGCCACAAAAUGCGCCGUAUCUAUUUUACCAAGAAUUUUUGCGUCAUUUCAAUUAUACUUCGACAUUUAGUCGUUAUAGCGAUUAUCCGUUGACCUUACGUUCGUUGCAUAAUCCGAAAGAGUUGAUAUUGCGCACAUAUUUCAGAGCCUUGCGCUUUCGCAGCUCUAUACCGGUGUUAUUUAUGCAAGAUAAUUGCGCGACCUUAUCGGGUCGUGAGAAUUAUGUGCGUGAAUUGAUGACGCAUGUGCCGGUGCAUUCGUGUGGCAAGUGUCUGCGUAAUGCGGAUUCGCCGAGUUUUAGGCGUGAAAACGAUGUGCUGCGUUUUAUUUCAGGCUUUAAAUUCGUAAUAGCCUUCGAAGAUGCCAUUUGUGAUGAUUAUAUAACAGCUGCAUACUGGCAGGCACUAAUAGUGGGUGCCAUACCCAUAUAUUUUGGCUCGCUUACAAUACGGGAUUGGGAACCGCACAAUCACUCCGCUAUUUACGCUUCAGACUUUGAGAGUCCCGCAGCUUUAGCCGAACUUAUCUACGAACUGGUUGAUAAUGAGACGGCUUUUCUCGAUUAUUUGCAACACAAAUUUAAUACCGAGGAGCCAAUAACAAAUAAGCGCUUACUUAAAGCCUUGCUUUGGCACUUCAAUUUGUCGAAAAAAGCUGAGCAUUUUGAAAAAUUCGAAAAAGAAAUGUGUACCGAGAUCAAUAGUCGGAGAGAUAAACCAAUUUCGAAAAUUGCUAAUCAGACGCACUUCAGUUGUCCUUUGCCACAACGCUUGCCCGCAACACGGAAGAAUUACACAAAACACGCGCAACAAUGGAAAGUUAAUUUUACCGUUAGCCAGCGUAUUGUGCGCCUGUUGGAUAUACUUUUUCGGCGGAAUGCACCUAAUGCGCCGACACAAUUUACAGAGAAGGUGAAGCAGCUGGUUGGUUGGGACAAUCUUUAAUGAUUGCCAUCAUUAGGGUGGCACUCAGGUGUCGCAGUGGAUUAUUGUUACCAUUGAAUGAAAAUAUAGAUAUACAUAUGUAUAUUUUUAAAAUACAGAUAUUAUUUUUACGUAGUGUCCUAGAGUAA